AUGGAGAUGGUGUCAAAGUGCUCCGAGUGUGACAUCCAUCUACUGGCUGACAGGGCCAGCUUGCCUGGACAGAGCGGGCGUCCGGAGAAGCCAGUGUCCGGCAGAGUGCUGACAGUGGACACCAGUGACGCGGACGCCUUUUGUGAAGAGAUUCUGGCUGUGGUGAUUCCUCAGAUGGGCUGGAAGGAAGUGAAGACCAGACCAAAAGACCACGCGUGUGACAUCACCUGGUUUCCGUAUGAGUUUGAUGCAAAGAUCAAGUCAGGUCAAGUGAACGAUUUUCCUGGUUCCAACUUAGUUUGUGAAAAGAUCCACCUGUUCCGAUGGCUCCUCCUGAUGCAGUCCGUGUUCCCCGAGGACUACAACUUCAUGCCGGACACCUGGCUCCUGCCAGAGGAAAUGGACAUCUUCACUAACCACGUGAACCAAGGAUCCUCCACUUCCCCCGUCCAGUCCCCUGUACGCGCUCACGAGGCUCGGUGGCUGCCGGCACGAGCUGGGAAAUCUGCACCUAGUGGCGCCUCUGUCGAAAUGACAAAAAACAACGCCAGCAAUGACGAUAAAAGCGCGUACAUUGUCAAGCCGACAGAUGGCUACAGUGCUAAAGGAGUUUAUCUGCUUCAGCAACCAGACGAGUACGUGGCCAGCCAAAAUGGGGACAUUGUGCAAGAGUAUAUCAGCGACCCCUUGUUAAUGGACGGCUUCAAGGUUGACAUUCGGCUCCACGUGUACGUCCAUUCCCUGUUCCCUCUGUCUCUGUACAUCUGCCGCGAGGGCUACAUACGGCUAGCAACUGUUCCGUACCAGAAACCCUCCAAGGAGAACAUGGCCGAGUCCUGCAUGCACAUUACUAACUACUCCUUCAACAUUUUCCACGACAACUUCGACAAGUCUGAAGACGACCACCACGGCAGUCUACGCCGUUUGUCCGUUGUGUUCAAGACAAUGGAGGAACAAGGACAUGACAUCCCCGCUCUCUGGGCCAAGAUUGACCAUCUGGUGACCAGGACUGUCCAGGCCAUUGCUGGUCAGAUCAGAGUGGACACUGUGGCAGCGGGCUGUGAGGGGGAAGAAGGGCCAACAUGCAGACAGACAUUCCAAAAAGAGUUGGAAAAGAUCAGAGAACUUAACGCAGACAAAGAUUUCACCUUGACCCCUCCUGCUGCGAACCAAUCAGGUGGAUUCAACAGCCCUAGUGUCCUUGAACCUUUGUCGGACCUCUUUACGCAAAUCGUCGGUGGGACAGGUCACCAAAGAGUCGACCUUGAGGCGUUCCAGUCCUUUGUUCAGAAGAGCGGUUUGUCUCAAAAAGGUGUGGACUCUUCAGCCGCGAAGGAGAUCUACAGUCGGUUGAGUCAGCUUUACAGUAACUCGAACCUUAACAACAACAAAGAUGAGAAGAUUGACAUUUCAAAUGAGGAUAAAUGCAGAAACAGUUAG